CAGUGACUUUUGUUUAUGGCAUCCUCAGUGACAUCCUCAGUGACUCAGAGAUUUCUGUUUAAUCAUUGUAUUAUACACUUUUACAUGUUAUUGCAUUUAUUUCAUAAUGUGUAUACUCAGCAUGAUUUUUUAUUAGGUUUAGGAGUAGGCCACUUUGUGCUCCAGACUGUUGUUGCAAAAAGUUCUGCAGCAUGUCCUAAUGCAUUUGCUUCAAGCAUCCUAAAUAUAUCCAUAAAGAGGCACCUUGCAACAGCUGCUGUUCCAGGAGCUAAAAAAGUAUUUCAGCGAGACAAGCCUCAUUGCAAUAUUGGAACAAUUGGACAUGUCGAUCAUGGCAAAACAACACUUACAGCUGCAAUUACAAAAGUGCUUGCUGAAAAGAAAUUAGCUAAAUUAAAAAAGUAUGAAGAUAUUGACAAUGCUCCAGAAGAACGUGCUCGUGGCAUUACGAUUAAUGUAGCUCACAUUGAAUAUACAACAGAUAAAAGGCAUUAUGGGCACACUGAUUGCCCUGGCCAUGCUGAUUAUAUAAAGAAUAUGAUCACUGGAACAUCCCAAAUGGAUGGUGCAAUUUUAGUUGUUGCUGCAACUGAUGGAGCUAUGCCUCAAACUCGGGAACAUUUAGUCCUUGCAAAACAGAUUGGAAUUGAACACAUUGUUGUAUUUAUCAAUAAAACUGACAGUGCAGACCAAGAAAUGAUAGAAUUAGUAGAAAUGGAACUUCGAGAACUUAUGACAGAAAUUGGUUACAAUGGUGAUGAUAUUCCUUUUGUUCAUGGUUCUGCUCUAUAUGCUUUAGAGGGAAAAGAUCCUGAAAAAGGAGCAAAUUCAAUUUUAAAAUUAUUAGACACGAUAGAUGAGCACAUACCAACACCUGUACGUGAUUUAGAUAAACCCUUCCUAUUACCUAUUGAACAUGUCCAUACCAUAACAGGCCGAGGUACAGUUGUAACUGGUCGUCUUGAACGGGGUGUAAUAAAAAAGGGAAUGAAGUGUGAUAUAGUUGGAUAUAAAAAGCAUUUGGAAGCUGUAAUAACAGGCAUUGAAAUGUUUAAACAAACAUUAGAAGAGGCCCAAGCUGGAGACCAAUUAGGGGCAUUGAUAAGAGGAGUGAAAAGAGAUGAAGUUCGUCGUGGCAUGAUGUUGGGCCAACCAGGUACUGUUAAAGCUCAUGACUUCUGCGAGGCACAAGUUUACCUGAUGACUAAGGCAGAAGGGGGACGUAAAAUUCCUGUAGUGAAACAUAACAGAGCUGUUGUUUUCUCUAAAACAUGGGACUGUGUUGCCGAAAUAGAUAUUGAAGGAAAAGAAAUGCUUAUGCCUGGCGAAGAUUCUGUGAUAACAUUGAAGUUCAUUAAACCAAUGGUAAUUGAAUCAGGCCAGAGAUUUACUCUGAGAGAUGGUACUACCACUUUUGGAACAGGAGUUUUCACAAAAAUUAAUCCUGAUUUAAAUGAGUUAGAAAGGGACAAAUUAUUAAAAGGCCGUAAGAAGGAGAAAAGAGCAGCAGCUCAAGAAGAACUGAAGAAACUUAUGAAUUGAUUUUUAUAAGUUAUCCACAUAGCAUUUACCUAGUUAUUAAUGUAUUGUUAAUGUAACAGAAAAUUAGUCAUAAAAAGUUUUAAUUGAAGUCAUUUUUAUUUGUGUACAAAAUUGAAUAUUUUUACACAAACUUGUGAUUCUCGUUAAGACACCCCCUUCCAAAAGCAAAAACACAAGUAGAAGUAUUACGUGUUAAAUAGUGAUAAAGCAACUAAAGUGCCUGAGAUCUAGAUUUUUUUUUUUUUCUAUUAAAAUAGUAUUAAGCAAAGUAAGGUAAUGGGGUGCUAUUCAUUAACUACUUAUUUUUUAUUUUAUUUUCCCCUUAUUUGCAAGUACACAUUGUGGUGGAAGUGUCUGCUGUAGUCGAUAUUUAAUUCUUCGGAUUGUGAAUAUCAUCAUUAAUUGUGCUAGUUACCUAAACCAGAAAUGGAAGUUUUCUCCCUAAACCAUGAAUUUCUUGCUUUGACGGGUAAGAACUGCUCGGCUUUACAUCAUAACAAACAACAUGCAACAAAAAGCAGUUAGGUUUGGUUAAAAUUGCAUGAUUUAAAGGAGUUGAAAAUUUAAAAUUUAAGCCUCACAUUAGCACAAUAACAUCAAUAAAAAAUGUUUCAUUAUUUACAUUUGUUAAAUGUUAUAAUGUUUUAUAUAUUAAUAAGCAUAUUUUUAAUAUAAUAGAUUUUUGUGUAUCAUUCUAGUGCAUUAUUAAAGCUAAAAUUAAAGAAAAAUUUCAAAUUAAAGUUUUGUUUAUUUAAAAUAUAAUGCUUAAAAUAUUUUUAAGGUGAUUGAGACUGUUGCUUCAAAUAAUAAAGGAUAAUAAAGGUGAUUAUUCAUAGCUCUAAAUAAUAAUUGAUUAUGUAUACUGAGAUGAUUCUUUUAAAACUUAAAAUUUUUUACAGUGGUGUGAGGAAUAUGUGCUACUGUAAUAUUAAAUCAUAUUUCAUCUACAGGCUACUAGUAAUGAAGUAGAUAAAGCAACUAAAUUCUUCUAGUUUUAGCCUAGAUUUUCAGUCAAUGGAUUUACCCUGAAGUAUUUGUCAGUAUUACAAGAUUUAAAUCUCUGUCAUACUGGAUUUUUUUUUUUUUUUUUUUUUUUAAGUAAAAAUGUUACUUUGAGAACUCUUAAACAAAAUUUUGAAAUAUUUUCUUUUUUCACAAUGGAAAUUUGAGGGACAUAGCUAACAUAUCAUUGUAAAAAACAUCCUAGACAUUUAAGAUUAUAUAUAUGUGCAGCUGUAUAUAAUAUAACUAUUUAUGUAAUCUUGUAAUUUUUGAAAGCUUUAAUACCUCAAGUAAUUUAAUUGUGAGCAGGGUUUUGUAUUAAUUUACUAAUUUGGGCAUAAAGUCCAUUUUCUCUCUCUUUACCAUUCCCCCAUAACAUCAGAAUAAAAACUUAAAUUGUGUAUUUUUUAUUGAAAUAUAUCACAUAAUUAUGUUUGCCAUAUGAAAAAUAUAUUUACCUUUUUACUAUUGUGCUGGAACUGUGAAUCGAGUCAAUUAUUCAAAAAUAUUUUGGUAUGCAUUAUUUUUUUAAUACUCUUAUAAAUUCAAGUUUGCAAAUACUAUUAAACGCAUAUUAGUAGUGAUCACACAGUGUUUUAAAAUAGAUCCCAAUAUGUUAACUGAUGCAACUUUUGUGAAAUUUUCAAAACUAGAUUUAAGGGAUCAACAUUUUGUAUGUUACCGAACAUUAUCAUAGUUUGCCAGGCUGCAAACAGGUUGGUUAAGUUUAGUAUCUGCAGAGAAAGCAGCAAAAAGCCUAGUGCCUUGCAUGAAUGUUUGUUACUGAUUUUCUGUAACCAUGUAGUUUCUUUGAUUCUUACAUUGUUUUAUCAUUUAUGAAAAUGUUGUAUAUUUUCUUAAGCAUUUGUUAUUAAUGCUUACAUAGUAAUAAAUUCAUACUAAAAUUAAA